CGCAGGGCGGGGUUUCCAUUUUCACUGCGAGUUUCGGGGAACAAACAUGGAGCCGGAGAUGGAGGACAAAACCCUGGAGCUGAUGAACACCUCUGUCAUGGACUCGCAGACUGCAGACCGCUCCCCAAAGAUCACCACAGUGUUUAAGCAUACCUAUCUCUGUCCUCAGGUGAGUAAUGGGCUGCUGACAGGCUCCAGGAAGCGACCGUCGGAGGGAAAUUACGAGAAGGAGAAGGACGUGUGCAUCCAGCUCUUUGAUCAGUGGUCUGAGGCGGAUCAGGUGGAGUUUGUGGAACACCUGAUCUCACGUAUGUGCCAUUACCAACACGGCCACAUAAACUCCUACCUCAAACCCAUGCUCCAAAGGGACUUCAUCACGGCACUGCCAGCUCAGGGUCUGGAUCAUAUAGCGGAGAACAUCCUGUCUUUUCUGGACGCACGCUCACUAUGUUCGGCAGAGCUGGUGUGUAAGGAAUGGCAGCGUGUGAUUUCCGAAGGCAUGUUGUGGAAGAAGCUGAUCGAGCGGAUGGUUCGGACAGACCCGCUAUGGAAAGGUCUCUCAGAAAGACACCAGUGGGAAAAAUACCUGUUCAAGAACCGCACAACAGAAGUUCCUCCGAACUCAUACUAUCGCUCUCUUUAUCCGAAAAUCAUUCAGGACAUUGAGACCAUCGAGGCAAACUGGAGGUGUGGCCGACAUAACCUGCAGAGGAUCCAGUGUAGAUCGGAGAACAGCAAAGGCGUUUACUGCCUCCAGUAUGACGAUGAAAAGAUCAUCAGCGGUCUACGAGAUAACUCCAUCAAGAUAUGGGACAAACAGUCUCUGGAGUGUUUGAAGAUCCUGACGGGGCACACAGGCUCUGUGCUGUGUCUGCAAUACGAUGAGAGAGUCAUUGUUACCGGCUCCUCUGAUUCCACUGUCAGAGUCUGGGAUGUGAACUCCGGGGAAGUUCUGAACACUUUGAUCCAUCACAAUGAGGCUGUGCUCCACCUGCGGUUCUGCAAUGGGCUGAUGGUGACCUGCUCCAAGGAUCGCUCCAUCGCCGUGUGGGACAUGGCCUCUCCCACAGACAUCAGCCUUCGCCGUGUUCUUGUCGGCCAUCGAGCUGCCGUCAAUGUGGUUGAUUUUGACGACAAGUACAUUGUCUCCGCCUCGGGGGAUCGGACCAUAAAGGUGUGGAGUACGAGCACCUGUGAGUUUGUUCGGACACUAAACGGUCAUAAGCGAGGUAUCGCCUGCCUGCAGUACAGAGACAGACUCGUGGUCAGCGGCUCUUCGGACAACACCAUCAGGCUGUGGGAUAUCGAGUGUGGAGCAUGUUUGCGGGUUUUGGAAGGGCAUGAGGAGCUUGUUCGUUGCAUUCGUUUUGAUAACAAGCGGAUUGUGAGUGGAGCAUAUGACGGUAAAAUUAAAGUAUGGGACCUGCAAGCUGCACUUGAUCCGCGAGCCCCAGCCAGCACUCUGUGUCUGCGUACGCUUGUGGAACAUUCUGGCCGAGUGUUCCGGCUCCAGUUUGACGAGUUCCAGAUCAUCAGCAGUUCCCAUGAUGACACUAUCCUUAUCUGGGAUUUCCUGAAUGUGUCAACCAAUGGACAGACAGAAGGACGAUCACCGUCCCGCACGUAUACCUACAUAUCCAGAUAGCAGGGAAGCCCUGGUGGCGUGCGGAGUGUGUGUGAGUGUGUGUGGGGACUGUUCGGCUGACCCAGUCUCUGUGGAAGUGUGCCAGGAUCAAAGGUCGAAGAACGCCACCACUACCCCUCCCCAUCACCCUCCUCUCUCCAUCUGUCCUUUUUGAUUUCUCCCCCUCUUCUAUCGUUCUGAGGGCCGUCCCCAACACACAAACAGAAUGGGUUGUCUUUCUCCCUCUCUGCGGAGGAGGAGGUGGAGAAAAGAUGGAGAGAGCGAUGCCAUGAAGCAGAGAACGUGUGGGUGUGGAGCCCCGCCCCCUCGUACAGAGUGACGGCUGCCCCGGCUCCGCCCCCUGGGCCCAUGAACUCUGUAUCUGUCUUUUUGUUUGUUUAUUUUUAUUAACGUAAAGAAGAAAAGAAAAACUAAAGGGAGAAGGCAAGGUCUAAGAAGACCUGAGUGCUUUCCUUCCCUCAGAACUGUUCUGCAUGAUUGAGAGAUGGGACAUAAUGUGUGCUGGUCAAACCUCGGUUUCUGUCUUAUGUUGUUUUUUUAUGCUUUUCCUUUUUUAAGUUGGGAAAUUGACUUCUCUUUUGCUUUUCUCGUAAAAUCGUAUGAAUAAUUGUAGUUUUUUGACUUAUCUCCUGAUGUGUCCCGCCAUUUCUCCAUUUUAGCGCUGUCUGUCUCGUUCCCCAUUCACUGUCUGCUUGUCUAGGUUCUGAAUGACCCAUAACUGAUCUGAAUUUAGUUGUAAACAGAAUUGUCUUGUCUAAAAUGGUGUUGUAUAUUGAAAAGAUUUUUUAAAGAAAAAAAUGCAUUAUUAAUAAGAAUAAAGUACUUGACUGUGAAGGAGUGUUAAGAAGCUUGCACAAGCA